AUGGCCACUGACGAGUCAUCCUUUUUUCUAUAUGGAAUGGGUGAGAACCCUGAGGCUCUGACUCUGGGUUCUUUGGUCCUGGAAAAGUACUGGCAGCCUACACUUGCGCGCCAUUACACCCACGAACUGCUCAGCGACGAAGCUCUAGCCAAGCACGCUUACUCCACGGUCCUCACUGAUGUGGUGUUCCAUGGUCGCUCCCGUCUGACACCCGGAGUCGGUCUCGAUGGUGGGGACAUCGUCAAUCUGAAUCUUGCCUACAAUAAAGACCUCGAAAGGGUUGUUGUUGCUGAUAAAGGCACCCGAGUUGUUCUGAAAGACCCUGAAGCCUUCCUGACCAAUCAGGUGUUGAGAAACGAGCUUGCUCAGCAAAAGCUGAAGCUAUGGCUGUCUGCAGCUAACAGCACCUUUGUUUUGAACUUCAAAUUCGCCCGCCGCCCGAAAGUUUGGAUGCUAACUGGCUUGUAUCUGCUCGAGGGCACACGAACAGCAGUGUCCCAUGGGAAAUCCGUAGAUCUCUCCACGGGCAUAUCGUCUGCGCUCGUUGGGGCAUUGUCUGGUGUUCCUAUUGGUGCCUCUGUCAAAUUGGGCGUCGGCUCGUCCUGGGAAAUGGCGAUGCAGGUCGCCGAGCCGCAUGUGUGGGCUGCUCAGUUCCGGUUGGUCGAUGCCAAGUUUAUCAAGGUAGGAAAGGGUGGCAUCGACGAUGUGAAGCUACCCGCGGUAAUGGGCCUGUAUAGGGAUGUCAUGUCCGUUAGGCGAUCGAGGAAGACCGAGAGCGAAGAAAAUGAAGGGAAACAGACGGUGGAGCUGAAACUCGAGAGCGAUGAGCCUAAGAAAGUUGAAGAAGGACAUGGCUUAGAGCAAGAUGAUCAAGCUGGCCCUGAGGUGGAAGAAUACGAGAAAUAUUUAGAGAGAGCGAUCAAGUUCUUUGAAAUGACGCCUGACCAUUUGCGGCAAUAA